UUUCGAUCUUUUCCGGUAACGAGUUAGAAAUGGCUGCCCGAGAAAAAACUAGAGAUGAAUUAGAUAUGAAAACUUUGAGAGAAUUGGCCACUUUGCCAGCUAAUAAAUUUUGUUUUGAUUGCGGUCAGAGAGGACCAACAUAUGUAAAUGUUACAAUUGGUUCUUUUGUGUGUUCUGCGUGUGGAGGGCUUUUACGGGGUUUGAAUCCACCGCACAGAGUUAAAUCGCUUACAGUAUGUUCCUUUACAGAAGUGGAAAUGGAUCGAAUAAAAAGUCGAGGAAAUGAGUAUUGUAACCAUAUAUGGCUAGGAAAAUAUGAUGCCAAAUCUUCUGAUGUUGACCUUUCAAAUCCAGACAAAAGGAAACAAUUUAUGAUCCAAAAGUAUGAAGAAAAAAAGUAUUAUGUUGAUCCUAGGGAAGCUAUCAAGAAAAUGAAACCUCGUGCUCCUGCAGUACCAAGUGUUACUACCUCUUCAGUCACUCAGUCUAAAAGCCAUACUGUUAUUCCAAGCAAGCAAGUGACCCAACUACAAAGGUCUAGUAUUUUGUCUCAGACAUUUUCUUCUGGUGAUAUCCCUGCAAAUUCUGUUCCUGAUUUAUUCAAAGAUUUUGAAAAAGAUCCAUUUAAUGAAGCAAAGCAAGGAGGAAAUGGAUCAGAAAGUGCAUCAUUUGCUGAUUUUAGCAGUGCCUUUGGUAAUUCUGGUUCCAAAGUUGCUUUAACUACUUCCGGCCAAACACAGAGUAGUGUUUCUGUCAGUUCCUCAUCCGCUACUAUUCAACCUUCUGUUCUCCAAAACUCUACGAGUCACAAAAAACCAGCCCCUCCACCCCCUGAUCGUUAUGCUGCUCUGGCUGAUCUCGAUAAUCAGCUUCAUCAACAAGCAACAUCUGACAUGCCUACUUCCAUUCCAUCCGGUAUUGUUGCGUCCACAACUUCAUCCGUAUCUGUGUUUUGGUCAUCUGCUGCUCCUGCCAUGAAUACUGCAGGAUUUCCUGCAGUAUUUCCUGUUGCACAAAAUCCAUUUGCACACACUGCAUCAACUUGGUCUCAACAAUCUAUGAUUUGUACACCAAAUCCUUUUCAAACUGUUCCACAGCAGAUUCCUGUGGGUAGCAGCAAAAGUGUCCUUCCACAUCAAAAUGCAAAUGGAUUACCAAAUGCCAACUGUGCAAAGCCGAGCUUACCUAAUGGAAAUAUUGGAAAUUCGUUUUGGCCUAGCCAAGUUUGGGGUUCACCAAUUCAAAAUGGUCAACCCGAUGCCUUUUCAGGUAAAGGUGCUCCUGUUGUGGACAGUUAUAACCCAUGGGCUCAAUCCUUUGGAUCAAGUGGUGCCAAUCCAUUCCUGAAUGGAUCCUUUUCUUCUGGACAAGCUGCUAAUACAUCAGGAACAACUACAGGAAAAAACCCCUUUCUAUGAUAUUCUUUUUAAAAUUAAAGUGCUUGCCUUGGUGAUGUUUUCCAUAUCUUGUUAUGUUUGGCCUUUGUGAUACUCAAGUAUUUGUGAUGCUCCGCUGCUUUUCCUGUUGUUGCCAUAUUCUGCUUUCUAGAAGACUUAGUGGAUCUAAUGUGUUUUUGAAAAAAAUUUCGUAAUAUAAUUUUACAUUUCUGUAUUAAUUGCUAAUACAUUAAAUUUGUUUUCAGUUCUGAACUGAAUGCUUUGAGAAGUAAAAACAUAUGUACAUAUUAUAUAAGAGCUUUAUAACCAUAUUUUCUUAAUUUACAUUUGUUUAUAUCACCCUUUUUUAAUAUGUGCUCGAUAUUUUUGUCUUUCUAUUCUCAUUUAUAUCUGCUUUUAAUUUUUUAUUCUUUUUUCAUAAUUUUACAAAAAACAUUUGUUGUUAACUUAAAUGUAUAACUACACGUAUUUCAUGUUAGCAUAUUAUUUUUGAUAUAUUAUGUGUUAUUUUUUCUUUAUAAUUUUUCUCAUUCACUUGUUCUCUUUGGAGAAAAAUUCUUCCAACCGAUGUUGUAAGUGGGCAUUUUUAACUUUCUGUCCCAUAAUAGGGAAUAUUUUUACUAUGAAGUAUAACAAAAUCUAUAAAAUAAGUAAAAUGCAAACUCUGAUCUUUUGUGGUUUUUAAGAAAUUUAACCUGUUGUGCUGAGUGUCAAAUAUUUAAUUUGGUGCUGAGCAUCAGUUGUACAGUAUAUUAUAUUACAUAAUAAUGUAAUACAUGGCAGUAAGAAACAUAAAUUUAAGAGUUUUUAAAAUAUCUAUUUUACAUUCAAUUAUUUAUAUAUUUAUCACUUGCAUAGUAGUAUUAAAAAUAGUGAUAUAUAAUAUUUAAGAUUAAAUAACCCUACUGAUCUUAGAAUUUUUAAAAAAUCUGUAAAGGUAUUCAAAUAAAGUUGAGGUUUAAUUCUGUAACAUGCAAUAUUUUUGAUUUUUUAUGCAAUUUUUUUCUGUGCAUUUUUAGAACUUAUAGUGACAUUUUAAUUUUAUAAUGCACAAGUACAUCCUGAAUGUAAUGUAUAUAAUUUUUCAAUAUUGAUACUAUAUGUUUUAAUAUCUUUUAUACAUAAUUUUCCUUUUCUGAAAUUGAAAUUGUUAUCCUGUAAGUUUCUGAAACAAGUAGUAAGAAAAAAGUGGCUUAUGUUAAGUGCCAAAAUAAUAAUCAACAAACUUGUUCUGCUGGUGUGAUAAAUUGUGCCUGUCUUUUUAUUUAAUUUAUUUUGAAACAACUUGGAUUUUUAAUAGUGAUUAUGAUGUUUUAAAUAGUGUAGUGACUUUUUUCAGAAUCAAAAUUUUACAUUAAAUAAAUAUUUAUAUUUACUACUUGAAAAUGCCAAUAAUGAAAGGCCAAGGAAUAAAAGGGAAAUUAUGCUGUAUAUUCUGCUAAAGAGAAUUUCUUACUACAUUGUUAACUAUUUUUAAGAAUUCUGAUUAUAUUAAUUUUAGCAAUGCAAAAUAAACCUUUUUCUCAUAUAAAAUAUAGUAUUUAAUACAGUAGUAUACUUAUAUAAAUGUUACAAGUUUUAUUUUUUGAAUGGGAAGAAAUGUAAGAGCAUUAAUAAAGUUAAAAAUAAAACGUUUGAAGUCAUUUAAAACACAUUUAAUUACCCACAUUUGCUUUUGCUUGUCAAUCGGGUAAUCUGAUGAUGUUUCUUGAAUCAGAACUGAUCCUUUCUUGUAUCUCCAUUUCUAGUAAUCAGCUGUGCUCAGUGAACUGGCUAACCUAGCUCAUCAUAUAUAUUUCCUUCUUUAUUUUCUUCUUUUAGUAAAGUUAGAAUUUUUUGUUAAUUUAUGUAUUUUUUUUUUUUUUACUCUGUUUGAUUGCACACAUACACAUUUUCUCUGAUUUUUGCAUAACUUUACAACUUGGACUUGUUUUGUAUUAUUAUCAAGAUCCUCACGACAGUACCUGCAUUGCUUUGAGUUUGUGUGUUGGUAUUUUAUCAGUUUAGUGCACUCAUUAUUGCAUAAAAUUUUGACUUAAGAUAAUACUGCAUGUUGAAAUACUAGAUGAUUUUUUUUAACAAAAUGUACAGGCUGUGUAAUAGAAAAAAUAUUGUAAAAUUGAAUGUAAAAUACAUUAACAUUAAACUUCACACUUUGUUAUUAAAAAUAUCAGAGAGCUAACAAUUAAGGCAGCUAAGAUGUUUCAUGUGUAAGUGUAUUCACAAUUUUAACUCCUUUUCUAGCUUUUGUUUUGCACAUAUUAACAUUUUUUUGUUUUUUUUUCUGAGCACAGAAUCUCAUCUUCUCAGGCUGUACUAUCUGUCUUUCACGUACAUUCCAUAAUGUCAUGUUUUAUUCGUGUAAAUAUUGUUAGAUGGUACUACAUUAUGUUUUUUAUAUGAAUGCUUUCUGUCUGGUACAGAAUAAUAUAUUUUCAUUAAAAAUCAAGUCUGUAUUGACUUUUUAUGUGAAUUAUAUUUUUAACUUUUCUUGUUAAGUUUAGGCUUUAUUGUUCUAGUCUUAUUAAAAGUUCAGAUAUGCCUAAUUAACAGAGGUUCCCUCUCACAAAAGUUCUUUUUCUGAACAAAAAUGCUGUUAUAUAAGUUUUUAAUGGUAAUCUAACUUUUUUUCUUAUAUAAAUUAAUUUUGAAGGAGUUUAUCUCCAGUCAAUAUUUUUUGUUUAAACAUGCAUAAUAUUGUUUGUAUUUUCAUAAAAAAAAAGAUUGUUACUAAUUUAGUUGUGCAUAAGUUUUAAACUUCCUAAGCAAACAAUCAAGCUUACUUUGACUGUUUUUAAAAAAGAAAUGCUAUUAGAGGGAAUCUUUGUGGUAUUUAUGCCUAUUGUUAUGGAAUAAAAAUCUGUAUGCAAUCAUUUCUGUCUUAAAACCAAGAACUUUAUAGAAUACUUGGGGAAUAUUCUUUCCCAUGGCUUUGUACCAAGAAAUUGCAAAAUAUUUGCCUUGCGCUUUUAAAUAUGAGGUGUUGUAGCAAUUUCAAAAUCUAUUUCUCUACUUAAUGGUGUUAAUAAAAUAAACAGUUUAUUUCAAA